GUUCGACGCCCGCCGACCCAGGCCGAGUCCCGGCCCGCGGCGGACGUGGACUUCGUAAUCCAUUCCUAGGAGGGCAGCAUGGGAGGGUCCGGGGUGGGAGACCAGGCGGAGCUCGGAACCCAAGUCCCUCAGCCUCAGCCUCCAGGCGGGGUCGGGGCGAGCAGGGAGGCGACCGGAAGCGCGCGCGCCGCCCUCUGGGAGGUGUAGUUCGACACCUUUGCUCAGAGGCAGUUCGGUGCAUGGCGGCCACGGCCUUUGUCCUCCGUCCGACGGAACAGCCUGCGGAGGAGCUGGCUCUUCCUGCCAGAGGCCCGGGGAAGAGGGAAUGACCGCCAGGCUCCUCUCUGCCAGGGACCCGGAGCAAGUGACUUUUGAGGACGUGGUCGUGGACUUCACCCAGGAGGAGUGGGGGCAGCUGGAGCCGGCCCAGAGGACCCUGUACCGAGAUGUGAUGCUGGAGACCUUUGGGCUCCUGGUCUCUGUGGACUUGGAAGCUAGACCCCAAACCAAACUAUCAACUGCAAAGCAAGACAUAACUGAAGAAAUACCCAGCAAUGCCCUGGUAAAAAGCUUCCUCUGGGAAAGUCUGUGGCACUCUAAGGGUGAAGAUGCUGAGGGCCCCUGGGAGCAAAGUUGCAAGAGGCCAGACAGCCAUGUGGUGCACGUGGCCUUCAUGCCUGUGAAGACACCCACUCAGGAGCAGCAGCAGGGGAAUGGGUUUGGGGACACCUUGAGUCUGAGCACUGAUCUCCCAAUUCAACCAAUGACUCCUGAAAGGCAAGGCCCUCCCAUGUGGGGAACACAUGGAAAAAGGGGGAAUCUGCACUCAAAUGCUCAGCAGAAAAUCUCUGCAAAAGAGAAAUUCUACAAAUGUCAGGAAUGUGGAAAGGCCUUUAGUCACAGCUCAGCACUCAUUGAACAUCACCGAACACACACGGGGGAAAGACCUUAUGAAUGUCACGAAUGUGGGAAAGGCUUCCGAAAUAGCUCAGCACUUAGCAAACACCAGAGAAUCCACACUGGUGAGAAGCCUUACAAAUGCACUCAGUGUGGAAGGACCUUCAACCAAACUGCCCCACUGACCCAGCACCAGAGAACUCACACGGGUGAAAAGCCCUACAAGUGCAGUGAAUGUGGGAAAUCCUUCAGUUUUAGGUCCUCCUUCAGCCAACAUGAGCGGACGCACACGGGUGAGAAGCCCUACACGUGCAGUCAGUGCGGAAAGGCCUUCCGACAAAGUAUCCACCUCACCCAGCACCUGCGAAUCCACACUGGAGAGAAACCCUACCAGUGUGGAGAGUGUGGCAAGGCUUUCAGCCACAGCUCAUCCCUGACCAAACACCAGCGGAUCCACACUGGGGAGAAACCAUAUGAGUGCCAAGCAUGUGGAAAAGCCUUCACCCAGAUCACACCAUUGAUUCAGCAUCAGAGGACACACACAGGCGAGCGGCCAUAUGAGUGCAGCGAGUGUGGCAAGGCCUUCAGCCAAAGCACACUCCUGACCGAGCAUCGGAGGAUCCACACAGGAGAGAAGCCCUAUGGGUGCAAUGAGUGUGGGAAGACCUUCAGUCACAGCUCGUCACUCAGCCAGCAUGAACGGACACACACGGGGGAGAAGCCCUAUGCAUGCAGUCAGUGUGGGAAGGCCUUCCGGCAGAGCACACACCUCACUCAACAUCAGAGGAUCCAUACUGGGGAGAAACCUUAUGAGUGCGGUGACUGUGGCAAGGCCUUCAGCCACAGCUCGUCUCUGACCAAACAUCAGCGGAUCCACACCGGGGAGAAGCCCUACGAGUGUAACGAGUGUGGCAGAGCCUUCAGCCAGCUGGCUCCACUCUUUCAGCAUCAGAGGAUCCACACAGGAGAGAAGCCCUAUGAGUGUAAUGAGUGUGGCAGAGCCUUCAGCCAGAGCUCCCUCCUCAUAGAACACCAGAGGAUUCACACUAAGGAAAAGCCCUAUGGGUGCAAUGAAUGUGGAAAAUCCUUCAGCCACAGCUCUUCACUCAGCCAGCAUGAGAGAACACACACAGGGGAAAAGCCCUAUGAGUGCCAGGAUUGCGGAAAAUCCUUCAGGCAGAGCACCCACCUCACUCAGCACCGGAGGAUCCACACGGGAGAGAAGCCAUAUGAGUGCAGGGACUGUGGGAAAGCCUUCACACACAGCUCCUCCCUUACCAAGCACCAGAGAACUCAUACUGGGUAGUGCCACUCCACAUGUGCUGGGACACGGGAAAGCCUUAAGCCAUAGCGCACUGCUUACUAGAUAUGACCCAAUCACACCCCUGAGAAACAGCACAAACAUACACAAGUCUUCACACACAUCACAUUGCUCAGAAUCCCUCAGAGUUCAUACUGAUGGAAAUGAUUGUGGGAAUACUGAGUUCUUGGUCCUCCAUCCCUGGAUAUCAGAUCAUCCAGCCAGUAGGGUUGUGUGGAGUUAGUCACUGUUGAGGACCUUCUGCCAUGAGUGCCCGCUAAGGCCUCAUUGUAGAACCUACAAAAGAGAAAUGGAAAAAGACAUGGGUCUAGGGUGGCUUCUAAGGAUUCCCCCUAAUCCAAACCAGACAUUUUCAAAGUGGUGAGAAACUCAACAAAUGCAUUUCAAAAAACAAAAA